AUGUCUUCCUUGGCCACCAUGGACCUCCGCAUAGGAAACAAGUACCGGCUGGGCAGAAAAAUCGGAAGUGGUAGUUUUGGAGAUAUUUAUCUUGGGACUAACAUUAUCUCGGGCGAAGAAGUUGCUAUCAAGCUCGAGUCUGUGCGUGCUAAGCACCCUCAGCUUGAAUAUGAAGCCAGAGUAUACAAAAUUCUUGCCGGAGGUGUUGGUAUUCCGUUUAUUCGUUGGUACGGAACCGAGUGCGACUACAACGCGAUGGUGAUGGACUUGCUUGGUCCCAGUUUGGAGGAUCUCUUCAACUUUUGCAAUCGCAAGUUUUCGCUCAAGACGGUCUUGCUUCUCGCUGAUCAAUUGCUCGCUCGGAUUGAGUUUAUUCAUGCAAAGUCGUUUAUUCACCGCGACAUCAAGCCCGACAAUUUCUUGAUGGGAAUUGGCAAGCGGGGUAAUCAGGUCAAUGUGAUUGACUUUGGAUUGGCAAAGAAGUUUAGAGACCCGAGAUCGCACAUGCAUAUUCCGUACCGGGAGAACAAGAACUUGACUGGUACUGCGCGCUAUGCGAGUGUGAACACGCAUCUUGGUGUUGAACAGUCUCGUCGUGACGAUCUUGAGUCGCUUGGCUAUGUAUUGAUGUAUUUCUGCCGUGGAUCUUUGCCGUGGCAGGGAUUGAAGGCUGCGACAAAGAAGCAGAAGUACGAUCGCAUUAUGGAGCGGAAGAUGUCUACGCCGACGGAGAUCUUGUGCCGUGGAUUCCCGCCGGAGUUUUCGCUCUAUCUUAACUACUCCCGUUCGCUCCGGUUCGACGACCGACCGGACUACACGUAUCUCCGAAAACUGUUUAGAGAUUUGUUUGUGCGGGACGGAUUCCAGUACGAUUAUGUGUUUGACUGGACGAUGUUCAAGUACAGCCAGGCUCAGGUCCAGAACGCGGGCCAGAGCCAGAACGCGGGUGCUUUACCGGAAGCGCAGGCUGAUGACAAGCAGGAGCAGCAGGAGAAGGAGAUGCGUGUUGCGCGAGCGACGGCUGCUGUUGGCGGGGGAUCGUCGACUAACCCGUCGGCUGUUGCGCAGGCCUCGAUGAUGACGGGCAGUGGCUCGCGACCGGCUGGCCAGUCGACUCCCAGCCGCCGCAAGGUUGCUGAUUGGCAGGCCGCUCGUGAUGCGGUUGAUCCUGUUGCGGCAGAUAUUGCUCGUCUUCAGCAGCAGCAGCAGCAACAGCAGCAGCAAUACGCGCCUGUUCCGCAGGCCAUGCCGCAGCAGAUGCAGUACCGUAAGGACGACAAUACGCAGGGAGGAUCGGCGAAUAUCCCGCAGCAGUGGUACUAA